GCCAUGUUUCAUUACGUCACCGUGUUAUGGCCUCUAGAAACAGUCUGUCGGAAUAAAUUUUUGGGAUUUGCUCUAAAACCUCGUAAAUGUAAAUGUAUGCCAUUCGUGCCAUGAUUUAGCGUAAAGUAAAUGAUUUAUUGGUGUGUUGUAGGCUGUAAGGUGUUUCAGUAGGUUAUACCGUCAAACCAUUACACGCGUGUGAAAGUUAAAGUUAUUGCUAAAAUCAAAAGUGAGGUGGAUUUCAGGCAUGGGACGUAAAAAACAGGGUAAAUCUGAUCGACCCGUUCACAAGGGCAAAGACACACGCCACAGGAUGAAGGGGAAAUCAUUAGAAACUUUCACCGAGGAGAUGCAUGAGGCUCUGCAAGCCAGUGAGGAUGCAGAUUCAGAGGCGGCAGGAGGUGUGAAGUUGCCCUGUCAGUUGGCCAUGUGGGAUCUGGGUCACUGUGACCCGAAACGGUGUACAGGACGAAAGCUGGCCAGGAAAGGUUUAGUGCGCUGCCUGCGACUCAACCAGCGCUUCAAUGGACUAAUUCUCAGCCCAAUGGGAAUCAAAUACGUUACACCUGCAGACAGGGAGAUUGUGGCACAGGGUGGUCUAGCUGUGAUUGACUGUUCAUGGGCACGACUCGAAGACACGCCUUUUAGCAAAAUGAUUGGUUCACAUCCAAGGCUUUUGCCGUUCUUGGUCGCAGCAAAUCCUGUAAACUAUGGAAAGCCGUGCAAGCUGUCCUGUGUCGAGGCUUAUGCUGCCACCUUCUGUAUUGUGGGAUUUCGUGACCUUGCUGUGCUCCUGCUGAAGAAGUUUAAGUGGGGUUUGGGAUUUUUGGAGCUGAAUAAGACUCUUCUAGAGCGUUAUGCAUCCAGCCAGUCAGAAGAGGAACUACUGGCUGUGGAGAAAGAGUUUCUCAGUGCCGCCCCUCAGGAAGAGGAUAUAGAUCCUUUUGAUGUGGACUCAGGAAGAGACUUUGUAAAUCUCAACAGACCAGUCCAGGCUGAGGAUGAUGACAGUGACAAGACAUCAGAGGAAGAUGAUAAUGGUGAAGAGGAAGAACAGAAGAGUAAAGAGGAAGAUGAUGAAAGUGAUGAGGCAUCUUGAGUUGUGUAAUCUUAAAAUAAAACAUUUGGGGAAGAAGGGGGUUCAGUGACUGAUUUACUAACAUUGACCUUCACUUGACAUUAGCAAACUUCUGUUUUCUCAGUGUUUGCAGAUGGUUGCAGAUAUGGAACUAGUGAGUUAACAAAACCAGCGCAAUCAGUUUUCAAGAUUUCAGUGAGCAAUUUCCCAAAAUACUUUUUAUAAUGUGCAAAAUGUACUAUUUGUUCACGAAAAGAAUCUUCUCAAAUUGUAAUAAUGUUUAUUAUUGCAAAAAAUGUUGACUUGUUUAUAAGUAGACUGAAAUGUUUAAAUAAAUAUUUUAAUGGUA